AUGUCGCAAGGAGUUCAGGUCAACGCAAGGCCGAGACACGCUGAUGGGUCGAUCACCGUGAGAAAAGUACAACUCAACGAAAGCAACCUGCGGCCGCUGUUCGAUAUUCGCCAGGAAGAUGCCGCCCAACUCCUGGGAGUCUCUCUCUCCAGCCUUAAAAGCGCUUGCAGGAGGCUAGGUAUCAACCGCUGGCCCUACACUCGGAAUCCAAGUCCUCGUGAAGAGAGGGACAUGUUUGAUUUCCAUCAAUUGCCAAGCAACCGCGAAGACCAGCAUGGGGCGUUCACGCAUAAUCACGUAUUGCAUUUGAACGAAGAGACAGCUGUCAACUGCGAUAGCGAAGAAACAAGUCGCGACAAUCAUUUUGAUGACAGCGAAGACCUUUUUCAGCAGAUCCUUGACCUCCCACAUGGGGAGCCCAACAAGGAAAGGCCUCCGGAAGCUGAAGAAGACCUGGAUUCCUUCUUCUUUCAUCCGAUUCCUGAAAUGAAUGGAUCUUGGAUCGAACACUUUCACCCCAACCAAGCCUGA